AUGCCUGCGUGGAACUCUGUCCUCAACCAGUCGGGCCCCACCGAGUUUGUGUUCCGCGUGUUCACCACUGUCCCUGGAUUCCGGGUCCUUCUCUUCCUGCUCUUCCUCCUCCUCUACCUGAUGAGCAUUCGGGGCAACACAGCCAUCAUCUGGCUGCUGUGCACGCACAGCUCCCUCCGCUCCCCAAUGUACUUCUUCCUGUCCAACCUGUCCUUUGUAGAGAUCUGCUCCAGUACCACUGUGGUGCCCUUGAUGCUUUCCAACAUUUGGGGACCCCAAAAGCCCAUUCCGCUGGCUGGCUGCGGGGUCCAAAUGUUCUUUUUCGUCACCCUUGGUGGCGCUGACUGUUUCCUCUUGGCAGUCAUGGCAUACGACCGGUAUGUGGCCAUCUGCCACCCCCUGCACUACGCCCUCAUCAUGACCCAGAGGCUGUGCGUGCAGAUGGUGGCGGGCGCCCUGGGCCUGUCCCUGCUCCUGUCCCUGCCGCUCACGUCAUUAAUCUUCACCCUGCCCUUCUGCGGGCACCGCCGGGAAAUCAACCACUUCCUCUGUGAUGUGCCUCCAGUCCUGAGCUUGGCCUGUGCUGACAUCCACGUGCCGCAGGCUGUCCUCUAUAUCGUGAGUGUCCUCGUGCUGACCAUCCCUUUCACCCUUAUUUCCAUCUCGUGGUUCAUCACCGCCGCCAUCCUGCGCAUGCGCUCUGCCGAGGGCCGCCGCCGCACCUUCUCCACCUGCUCCUCCCACCUCACCAUGGUCCUGCUGCAGUACGGCUGCGGCGCCUUGGUGUACCUGCGUCCCCAGGCCAGCUCCUCGAUGGAUGAGGACAGCCAAUUUGCCCUUAUCUACACCUUUGGCACCCCCUUACUCAACCCUUUGAUUUACACCGUCAGGAACAAGGAUGUCAGAGACGCCCUGAAAAAGGCCAUCGGUACCAAAGGGACAUCUGAAGCUCUCUGA